UAACUUGAGCAAUCUACUUUAGACAAUCUAGAUAAUGUAGGUGCUUUGGAUAAUCGAAUUUAAUCACACAUUAUAUUAGAUUAUCAUCGAAGAACAAAGGAGCGUGAAUGUGAGACUCAGUGUAUCGUAUUAAUCAAAGCAUGGAAGAUGGAGGUUAAAUUUAAAGGAGAUUCUCGAGAUUCGCGAGUCCUCGUAGAAGCAAGUUGCUCGAAAAUUUGCAAUGGGGAGAAUAUCGAAGGGCCAUCGCUAACCAGUGGUGGGAGAAGUAGAACGCAUCGGCACCAGGGUGAGAGGCAGCGGGUUCAGGAGAACGCGCAGCCGCAAAAGGGCAGGGUGGGAAGGCUGUUAGUUCGGAGGUCUUUCAAGGGGUGGUCUGUCAGUUUACCGGAUGACCGCGUGAGCGCGCUGCCGCGCAAGACCAACCCUCUAUUCGCGCUACAUCCGGCGAACGUGACUGAUCGUUUCGUUCGAUUCUCGAACCGUUGCAAAACAUUCGGUUUUUCGCUCGAUCAAUUUCGCGAUUUCUUUCGUAUUCCUUCUUUCUCUCGCUUAAACCUUCUUCGAUUCUUUUUCAAUCGGUUAUUCGUGAUUUUAUCCGCUAAUGUGCUAUAAUCCACGUUGGGUUGGAAAGUCACCACCACCUAUCGACCGCCGUCACUGACCGGUCCGUUUUUCGCACUUUUGCCCUUUUUUCACACCGACCGUCUUCACUUUGGAUCCUGUAUCGUUCUCGAUCCGAUCUCGAAGCCUCUUCUCAUCUUGCGCGGCUCUACACGACUCUUGCCCAGUUUUCGUGGCCGUAAACCAACUUCGAAGCAAAAAAGGACAUUACAGUGUACCUCUGUGUCAAUCGAAUGGUAAAUUAAUCGGGAGGAAGAGAAAGAAAGAAGAGGAGGGCAAAAGAGAAAAAAAAGGAAGAAAGGGAGGAAGAGCAGGGGACGGAAGGAGCAAGAGUUACAGUUACAAAGGAGGGAGGAGAAUGAGAAGGAGGGAGAAGUGAUUCCUUUCCUCGCGUAGAAUAGUGUGUAGUGUAUUCUUGGUGGAUGGUAUCGCAAGGAUCGGUAGCUGGUUCGUGAUGGGGGUGGGAAACAGUUUAUCAGACGUGGUCGCUACAAGUAGUCCACCAGAAAGAUAAUGCAGAUAAAUGUUUCCGGAGGGAAGAGCGGACAAGUAACAGAGGAUUACAUAUUGUCAGAUCCGGUACGCGAUUUCCUGACAAGCAGCGUUUCACUCAACAAUGGAUUCAACGAUGACGGACGAUGACAAUUACCCCAAUUACGCGAAAGAGAAAAUCGACAAAUCACUUUCGUAAUUUUUGACGAGAUCGAUUAAAACGAACGAGUCUGCCGCGACUCGUCUAUUUAAUUCCCUAAUAAUAGCCAGCGACGAGUUACUUUAUUUUUCUCUCUCGCCACCAAGAAGCCUACUAAGCCUACCAAGACUCGGUUAACACGCUUAACGCGGUCACCCUUCUUGCCUCGGUAAGGAUUUCACGUCGAGCGAAAACGAAAAAGAUGGAGCCAGAAGCGCGGAAGCAACGAUCAUGGCGGCACCGCCACCAGCGCCACCACCGGUAUCGCGAGCAGCAACCACGGCGCGAGCAACAACAGUUGACGAGAAAACGGAAUGCGUGGAACGUUCGAACAACGUUAAAGGAACGUCCCUCGAAUGGUAACCGGGAGGGAUGGAUGCUCAGUUCGCGUCGAUGAGCUCGUUAUUCGUUUCCCUGCUCUCUUGUGUCCGGAUAAUAACCGAGAAUGAGAUCGCCCGAUCACAACACCUUCCUAUCCGCGCGAAGGUUCUCGAUCAACUCGGUCUCGACGUUGCGUACGCAUAAGAAGGAACGAUUGGAGGAUGGGGCAGCGCGGGGGGCGAAGUGAAGCGUGUACCUCGCGUCGACUCGAUACAGUCAAUUAACUUGCCUCUCGAUUCGCAAUUAAAUUUAAGGGGGAGGAGGAGUCAAACGCUUUCAAAUGCGCGCAAUGAGAUAGUCACCGUUCGGGGCGAGAGAUUAGCCCGAGCUCGAGGCCGGGUUUAAUAAUAAAGCCAUAAUUAAAAAGUGACGAAGAGAAAGAAGAAGAACAGUCGAGAAAGUGUUUCGGAUAGAGGCCGCCAGGAUGGUUGUUGGAGGGGAGACGUUCGUCCAACGGCGAUACUUGCCCGGCAUUUUGACGGCCGCUUACUUCUGCGCCUUCGUUUUCUGGAUCGAUGGGAUGAGGGAUUGUGCCGGUCAAAGGCCGAUAAAUCUGGGCGGAGCGAGGAAAAGGACGUAUACAUCGCUGGAUUUUUCCCUUCGGACCCCACGUGCCCGAGAGCCACAUCGGCCGCGGCGUAAUGCCCUCGGUCAAGCUCGCCGUCGAUCAUAUCAACGAGGAUCGGAUCGUCCUCAGGAACUAUCGGCUGCACAUGUGGUGGAACGACACGGAGUGCAACGCCGCUGUUGGCGUGAAGGCAUUCUUCGAUAUGAUGCACAGUGGGCCGCACAAAGUGAUGCUAUUCGGCGCAGCUUGCACGCACGUCACUGAUCCCAUCGCCAAAGCAUCGAAGCAUUGGCGUCUCACACAGCUUAGCUACGCGGACACACACCCGAUGUUUACAAGCGAUAGCUUCCCAAAUUUCUUUAGGGUGGUGCCUUCUGAGAACGCGUUCAACGCUCCCCGUGUGGCGCUUUUAUUGCACUUCAAUUGGACUCGCGUCGGAACCAUUUAUCAAAACGAGCCGCGAUACGCUCUGGCACACAAUCGAUUGGUCGCCGAUCUCGACAGCAAUAGCAUGGAAGUGGUGGAGACGCAAAGCUUCGCCACCGAGGUGACCACAGCGCUGGAAAAAUUGAAGGAGAAGGACGUUAGAAUAAUUUUGGGCAACUUCAACGAAACAUGGGCCAGGCGAAUAUUCUGCGAGGCGCACAAAUUCGAUAUGUUCGGGAGAAAAUAUCAAUGGGUGAUCAUGGGUACUUACACGGAGGAAUGGUGGCUCCAUCCUGACGAGGAAUGCAAUUCCUCCGAUUUGGUGGAGGCAUUGCACGGCGCUAUAUUGACAGACUUGUUGCCAAUCACAACGGAGAAGAGGAAGACUAUAGCUGGAAUAACAACCGAACAAUACCGGGUCGAGUAUGACUCGAGACGAGGCAAAGAGUAUUCGAGAUUUCACGGAUAUUCGUACGACGGUAUAUGGGCAGUAGCUUUAGCUAUACAACGGGUCGCAAGCAGGAUAACACACUACCGUCGCAAUCAGACCAUGUCAGAUUUCAGAUACAGGGACGAGCUUUGGGAGAAGCUUUUUCUGGAAGCUCUGAGAAACACCAGCUUCGAGGGCGUCACGGGGCCGGUGCGUUUCUACGAUAACGAAAGGAAAGCGUAUAUUCUUUUGAAACAGUUUCAAGGCGACAGAGAGGUAAAAGUUGGCGAGUACGACGGCGUGACAGAUAUUUUAGAUUUGAACAAGGGCGAGCCUUUGAUCUGGAAGGGGAAAUCACCGCCCAAAGAUCGAACUCUUCACAUCAUCGAGCAUUCGACCGUAAAUAUUACGAUCUACGCUGUGCUCACUUCCGCGGCGAGCGUGGGCAUCACCAUGGCGGCUAUUUUUCUCGUCAUCAAUAUCAAAUACCGAAAUCAAAGAUACAUAAAAAUGUCAUCGCCGCAUUUAAACAACCUCAUUAUCGUCGGAUGCAUGCUGACCUACAGCAGUGUAAUUUUCCUUGGGUUAGAUUCGCAGCUGUCCAGUGAAACGGCAUUUCCCUACAUUUGCACCGCCAGAGCAUGGCUAUUGAUGGCUGGUUUCUCCUUGGCGUUUGGUUCCAUGUUCUCGAAAACAUGGCGAGUACACUCGAUAUUUACCGACGUUAAAUUGAACAAGAAGGUGAUAAAAGAUUACCAAUUGUUCAUGGUGGUCGGUGUAUUAUUGUUUAUUGAUCUGGGUAUUAUGACGACCUGGCAGGUUGCGGAUCCAUUUUACCGAGAAACGAAACAAAUGGAACCUUAUCCUCAUCCUUCCAGCGAAGAUAUUAUCAUAAUACCGGAAAACGAGUACUGUCAAAGUAAUCGAAUGACCAUUUAUUUAGGAUGUAUAUACGCUUAUAAAGGUCUUUUAAUGAUAUUCGGCGCCUUUUUGGCAUGGGAAACAAGGCAUGUUAGUAUUCCGGCGUUAAACGAUAGCAAAUACGUCGGAAUGAGCGUAUACAACGUUGUGAUCAUGUGUGUCACUGGAGCGGCUAUAAGCUUCGUGUUGGCUGACAAACAAGAUGCCAUGUUUAUUAUGUUGGCGAUAUUUAUUAUAUUCUGCAGCACCGCCACCUUGUGCUUGGUUUUUGUACCAAAGCUAAUAGAAUUGCGAAGAAAUCCCCAAGGUACGAUAGACAAACGAAUUAGAGCAACGCUUAGGCCAGUGUCGAAAACGCGAAGGGACUCGAGCGUUAGCGAAUUGGAGGAACGUCUGAAGGAAGCGACGUUAGCGAAUCAAAAAUUUCGUAAACAAUUGUUGGAAAAAGAUUCAGAACUUCAGAUGUUUCUACGGAGGCUUGAUGAUCAAACCACAUCGAAUACACAGGAAGCAAUGGAUAGGUUAACAGUUCCGAGGCAGGAAGCAACAAUGGUGAAAAAAGAAGGUUUGUCCCUUGCGACAGAGACAACGGACAUUUCUAUAUCAAUGUGCAGUCUGAAUUCAACCACCAUCUCUCAACCAGAAGGCGUCGAUUAUGCGAGCACAAUCGCGACCGAACAACCGAUCAGCAAGAAAAAGACAUCGUUCUCGAAGUUACCGGCGAUCGCAAUCGACAGCGAACGAACACCUCUGGUCCCACAAUCCCAAGAAACCACGAAAGGAACCGCGGAUUUUUCGUCCUCCCCUCUACCUUCGGUUUUGAAGCAUACAACAGACGAUUCCGGCCAUAGAAGAAGUCGUGCCUCCAUACUUGGAAAAGAGAGUGAACCUCUUCUUGCGGAGAGAAGUCCGGACUCGCGAUCGGAUACCGGUAAAACGAACGUCGAAUUCGUACCGGAGAUCGUCGAGGAGGGUGACGCCAUUAUCCUCGAAGAGACCGAAAUUCCCAGGCAUGGAAAGUUGAUCAGAAGCAAAGAGGAUCGUAGAUCCAGGCUGCCGACACCUCCGCCGACAAAGAACGUCUCGUUCGGUGAACUUCACGAGCAGAACUACCUCGAGCAAGCGAUUCUACCACCUCCCUCGCAAUUCGUGCCCAAGCAUCGACAUUCCGUUUCGGCGACAAAUGCAUCCGCUCAUCAAUCAUUAAAGAGAAGAUCGUCGGUGAAGAGCAACGGAAUGGCUCAUUCCCAUCACGAGUUGUUUCAAACUCGGAGAACCAGCGUACCAGUCAAUUGCAUCAGUUAUAUUUCGACUGAGAACGUCUCCAAGUCAGAGGCCGCCGAGUUCUCGCUCAACUCCGGUUUUGAUAAGUCUUAUAUAAUUGGUGAAUGCGGUCAUCGACGAGCAUUAUUCUCAGGUACUGGAUAUCGUUGCGAGAAACACGGAGGACGAGGACAUCGCGCUAUAUUGAAUGGUUCGGCGGAAACGCCGCCUCCUCCACGGAGACAUAAAAAACACUACGAUUCUCAAAAUGCAAGUUCUCCGAGUGUGCCUGCGAUGGUUAAUGCAAGUUACUCUGAUACCGAGAAAUACGAGGAAUCCAUGUCGACGAUUAUUCAACGAUCAGUGUCCGAAAGAUCGCGAGAAAAGUGUCCUCGGCUUCGAAGUGAGGGACACGCGAUGAUCGAAUGCCCUCAUCGUGCCACACGUCGGAUACGAGAGUGUAGACAUACCGAGUCUAAACUCCGACAACAGGCUCGUUUGGAAUACGUGCAAAGCACACCGAAUGUUGCCACAAUACACAAUAAUAAAUUCGCAAGCGCGAAUCCACGUGGAGGUGGUAGCACUGGGCCAGGUGGCGGUAGUGUGGCAGGAAGUGCGAAUGGCCCGGGAACAGCCAGCUCAGUGACCGCCAGUAGUUCAGACGUUGUUGGUGGUUCCGCGGCAAAUGUUUCUAAAAUGUAUAGCGCCGUAUCAGACGGCGAAUUACUCGAUCUAGCGAUAUUGCCGAUCUUUCAAAAGCUGCUCACCGAGAGGCACAAAAGUUCCUCGAGGGCCGGCUACGGCGCCAGCGUAGCCAGCUGUCCGAAUAUAUCUAUCAAAUGUGACAUCGUUGAAUACCUUUAACGAUCUUCCAUCUAUUAACUUCAAUUUUCAUUCCGGCGAUCUCGUUCUGUUUUCUCUCUUCUUUGAACACUCCUCUCCCUUAUUUUUCCCCUUACAUUUCUCAUCUCCUCUCUUUCUCUCUCUUUCUCUCUCUUUCUCCCUCCUGACGGCCUUCAGACGCGACAUCUAUCGUAAAACGUGUUCGCCAAUGUAUCGGCCGAGACAAUGAUAUUUUAUGAGAGCAAUCACCGUUCCUUUCUCGAGCCUGCCUAUCUUUGCGAUACUCUCGCGAAAAAACAUUGGAAGAAGCAGCAACGCUGCUCUUUCGAUAUGUGUAAAUGUAUGUACAUUUCCAUGUCCAUAAGUCACCGAAUACUUACAAUUAGUACGAUUUAGGAUAGGAAUGAAAUGAACGUUGUAAUUGCAGAAUGAAGUUGACAUUUAUUAAUCGUUUAUUAUAAGAGAAAAGUAAAAUUAUAAUUAUUACAUUUGAAAGAUGUUAUAAAUCUAUAUUUUAAUAAACGUUAUGUUUAGAUUAGCAAGUGUCCGCUGGACUUAUGGACGAGAAGGAGACGUUAUCAACAAGAUUAAACGAAAGAAUACCGGCCUUUGUUCGACGCUCGAGAAUCUUUUAUCUCCUCGGUUAAUUAAUUUGACAAAAAUAGCCGCUCGCGGCAUAUUGUGAAAACGUUCUUCAGCAGAAUUCUACAGCGUCUGCACUUCAACACACAUUUCUCUUUCCAUCUUUGUGAUUUUUCGUUCCCCCAUCUCGAUUCUCGUCUCGAUGAUGAAAGGCCAUAUAAACAUUAACAAACAUACGACGCUUUCGCGUCCAUGAGAAAAUGAUUGACAAAGUCACGGUGACUCAUCAUUCUGAAACGCGGAAUCUCGGUUUUUAUAAUAAAUUAAUCGAAAAACAAGUUUGUUAUACAUGUUUGUCAUAACAAAAAAAAAAAAAAA